AUGCUGAGAAAUGCAUGUCCCCUUUGCGCUGGUUCUCUUUCUUUCGCCAUUGCUGUGGCAGCUCGACGCGUCGUCCAGAAAUGUCUCGUCCCUGGCGACUCGCACGAAGCGGCGCCACGUGGCCGCAUCCGCUUCUUUCCGCUCCACCAAUUCGCCACAGCCUUCGCGAAAUUCGCAGGACGACCAGCAGCAGCAGCAAGCGGACCCCCCUUCCCUCCCGCUCAACCCCUUCCCCAAACGCCCGUCCACUGUGUGUGUUUGGGGGGCCGGGCGGCAGUGCCGGCGCUGAGGGGCAAGGACUACGGCAAGAGCCGCAUGAAGUAUGCCGACUACACUGAGACCGACUCCGGCCUGCAGUUCAAGGUGGGGCGCGGUGCUGCAAGAUGGGGCCUGGUGGACUGGGCGGGGUUCACCAUAGGGUACUAUGGGCGCAUCUUUGAGGCGCGCAACAAGGCCAAGGGCGGCUCCUUCGAGGGCAACGAGAAGGACUUCUUCCGCUACCACGUCGCCCAAGGGGAGGUCAUCCCGGCGUUUGAGGAGGCCGUGGCAUCCAUGAAGCUGGGGGGUGUCAGGAGGAUUGUUGUGCCCCCGGAGAUAGGCUACCCAGACUACAGCUUCAACAAGCAAGGACCCAAACCCACUACUUUCUCCGGCCAGCGCGCGUUGGACUUUGUGCUCAAGAACCAGGGGCUGAUCGACAAGACGCUUCUCUUUGACAUUGAGCUGCUCAAGAUCAUCCCCAGCUAG